AUGGCUGAGGUGGCGCAGGUUGAAGCAGGGGUCAAAACAGAAGAUGUCCCAAGUAAAAAGGAACAUGUGAGCAAUGCAGAUGAGAAGACAAAGGAGGCACCUGACGCACAGAAGAAAAAGUCUGGUGAGACACACGUGAACGGCGUGGAACACAAGGGGAAGGAGAAAACUAGUGUCGAUAAGAAUAGAAGAAAGAAAACCACAAAGGUUGUUGAGGAGGAAGCGCCAUGUGACGCAACGGAAGAGAAGAAUAUUUCUGAUGUUAUGCUCAAAAAAGAGAGACUGCUCCAAACCAGAAAACCCGUAGCCAGAAGCUAUGUGCCCAACACGAACAAAGACAAGAAUGACGUGACGGGAAAGUUUGAAGCAAUGCAGAAGGCCAGAGAAGAGCGCAGCAGGCAGAGGAACAGAAAUGAGCAGCAGAAGAGGAAGGAGCAGUACAUCAAGGAGAGGGAGUGGAACCGCAAGAAGCAGCAGAUAAAAGAACUUCUGGCUUCCAGCGAUGAGGAGGAUGAGGUGAAGCCGGCAAAAGUGGAGAAAUCCUACGUCCCCAAAAUCACAGGUAGUGUGAAGGGGAAGUUUGCCGAAAUGGAGAAGCAGAGGCAAGAGGGGGAGAGGAAAAAGAUGGAAGGUGAGAGGAGAAGGAGGGAAACUCAAGACAAUUUGGAAAAAGACAAAAUCAAAAGAGAAUUGGCCAAGAAGGCAGCUGAGGAAGGAGAUGACAGCAUCUUGGUUCGUGUGGUUCCCACCAAGCCAUCACGAGCUCCAGGCAGAAUCAAAGUGAACUUUGAGGAUAUGGAGAAGAAUCGAGAAGAGGAGUUGAAGAAGUCAGCGGAGGAAGAGAAGAAGAGACGCUACGAUGACAACAGACGCUCUUUCAGGGAGGCCAAACGACGCUCCAUUGUCCCUGAGGAUGAAGAGGAGAUCGCGGAGAAGGUGCAGGUGACUCCAGGAAAGUUGAAAAUGACGUUUGAGGAACUGGAAAAGGAAAGGCAGGAGCAGAGAAAAAAGCAAGCUGAGGAGGAAGCCAAACGUCGCCUCCAACAAGAGAAGAAAGCUUUUGAGGAGGCCCGACUGGGAUUGGAUGAAGAUGAGGAAGGCACUCAAGCAACAUCCCCGGACGACAAGGAAGACUUCCGACCCGGAAAACUGAGAUUGAGCUUUGAAGAACUUGAGAAGCAACGAGUCGAGGAGGAGCGCAAGAAGGCAGAGGAAGAAGCCAAGAGACGAAUGGAGGAGGAAAGAAGAGCUUUUGCUGAAGCCAGAAAGAGCAUGCUGGUCGACGAAAACGACGAGGCUCUGAUGGCCUUACUGAACCUGGAGGGCAGCGAACCUGGAAAGAUCUGCGCCAGUUUUGAGGAGCUGGAGCGCCAGAGAAGAGAGGAAGAGCAGAAGAAGGCAGAGGAGGAGGCCAAGAAGAGAUUGGAAGAGGAGAAGAGGCUCUUUGCCGAGGCACGAAAAAGCAUGGUUCUGGAUGACGAGGGUGAUUUAUUGAGGACGGAAUCGCAGGAGGCGCUACACCCAGGGAAACUGGAGAUGAACUUUGAGGAGCUGCUGAAGGAGAAGGAGGAAGCCGAAAGGAGACGCAAGGCAGAUGAGCGCAAACAGAAACUGGAGAAGGAGAAGCAGGAGUUUGAACAGCUACGGCAAGAGAUGGGCGAGGAAGAAGUGAAUGAAAGCUCCAACAUUGUAAAUAAUGAGUACGAAGAGUUGACCAAACUCAAGAGGACGGGCUCCAUCCAAGCCAAGAACCUCAAGUCCAAGUUUGAGAAGAUCAAGCAGUUGACUGAAGAGGAGAUUCAGAAAAAGAUUGACAUGGAAAGAGCUCGGAGGAAGGCUGUCGAUGAUGAAAUUAAAGAGAGAGAAGCUGAACGCUUCCAAGAGGAAGAUGACGAAAGCCAAAUGACUUCGGCGAGAGGUGAGGAGUCUCCAUUCAAACAGAAGGUGGACAUGCGAGCCAGGUUUGAACAAAUGGCCAAAGCUAGAGAAGAUGAGGAGAAAAAAAGGAUAGAGGAACAGAAGCUACAGAGAAUGCAGUUUGAACAACAGGAGAUCGACGCUGCCCUCCAAAAGAAAAAGGACGACGACGUCGAAGACGAGGCAAGCAUCGUCAACGGUUCCUACGAGGACGACGAAGAUCAAGCCAGGUCGGGCGCCCCGUGGUUCAAGAAACCUCUCAAAAACCAGUCUGUGGUGGACUCGGAGCCCGUCCGCUUCACCGUCAAGAUCACCGGAGAGCCAAAGCCGGAGGUGACCUGGUGGUUUGAAGGCGAGAUGCUCCAAGACUGCGAAGACUAUCAGUACAUCGAGAGAGGGGAGACGUACUGCCUCUACCUGCCUGAGACCUUCCCCGAAGACGAGGGCGAGUAUAUGUGCAAGGCGGUGAACAGCCGAGGCACGGCGGCGAGCACCUGCAUCCUCACGAUAGAAAGUAAGAGCACCCUGGUGUGA